AUGGCGCUGCAGCAGGGCGACGACGUUAGUGUCAGGCCGCUGCUGCAGCCGGAGCCGCAGGAGGUGCUGCAGCAACAGCAGCAAGGACAUGCUUCGCGUCUUGGCCGCCAGCGGGAGCAGCAGGAGCAGCAGCAACAGCAGCAGCAGCAAGUGCAGCAUCGCCAACGGCCUCAUCAGCACAUACGAAGUUGGAGGCCGCAGCCUGGGCAUCCCUCCGACUCCCAGCAGAGUCUGCAGCAGCAGCAGCACCACCACCACCACCAGCAACGGGCGCCGAGGCAGCAGCACGAACGACAACAAGAGCAGCAGCAGCAGCAGCAACACCCGCAGGAACAGGAAGGACAUGGGCCAUUCGAGAAGCAGGAACCCCAGCAGCAGCUGCAGCGGCAGCACCAGAUUCAGCAGCCACUGCAACGGCAACAGACGCAGCAGCGGCAGCAGCAGAGGGAGCAGCGAGAUUUAAAGCGCCAGCAGCAGCAACUGCGACGGCAGCAGGAGCAGCAGAAGACGCAGCAGCAGCAGCAGCAGCAGCAACCGCCAGAUCGACCUGAAUCAGGUUCUGCGACGCCGCGUCAGCAGAGGGAGGAGCGGCGGCAGCAGCAGCAACCACAGCAGCAGCAGCAGCAGCAGCGACCCCAGCAGCGGCUCCAAGAAUGCUGGAGGACUGUAGACGAACAAAAGCAACAGGAGCAGCAGCAGCAGAAGGAACAGCAGCAGCAGCCGCGUCGGCAACAGCAAGUGCAGCGGGAGCAGCAGCACCAGCAUCACCGCCAACAACAGCGACAGCAGCAGCAACAGCAGCAAAAUCAGGAUCAGCAGAGUGAGCAGCGGCAGCUAACAAAGAGGCAGCUGCAGCGGGCUUCGAGCCGGCAGCAGGAGCAGCAGCAGCAGCAGCCGCAGCCGCCGCAGCAGCAGCAGCAACCACAGCAGGCACAGCAGCGUCACCAGCAGCAACAGCCGCAGCAGCCUCAGCAGUUUCAGCAGCCGCAGCAGCCGCAGCAGCGUCAGCAGCAGCAGCAACCAAAGCAGACACAGCAACGCCAGCAGCAGGAGCCACAAUCGCAGGAUUCACAACAUCGUCAGCAGCAGCCACAGCAGCUGCAGCUGCAGCUGCAGCAGCCACAGCAGGGACGGCGGCGUCAACAGCAGCAACCCCAGCAGGCGCAGCAGCGCCAGCAGCAGCAGCAACCCCAGCAUCCGCAGCAGCGUCAGCAGCGGCAGCAGCAACCUCAUCAGCCUCCACAAGGUCAGCAGCCUCAGAAGCAGCAGCAACCGCAGCAGCGCCAACAGCAGCAGCAGCAGCGUCAGCAGCAGCAGCAGCGUCAGCAGCAGCAGCAGCGACAGCAGCAGAGUGCGCCGCAGUCCGGCGUCUGUCUGCAGUUUAGGGGCCGCGUGCUGCGUCUGCUUCAGCGGGACGAAGCUCUGGAGCAAGGGGGCUCGAAGAGCCUGCAGCGGCUGCCGCAGCAGCAGCAGCCGCAGCAGCAGCAGCGGCAGCAGCAGCAAGUGCUGCGGGUGGUUAGCUUUGCGGAAGGCACUGCUGCAGCUGGCUGUGUUGCUGCAGCAAACGAGCAGCCACCAGACCUGAAGCUGCGGAAGCUCUUGCUGAGCCACUACUUGCAGUCCUACAGUGAAGAUUUGCUGAGCCUGUACUGCUGCUGCUUGCUGCCGCUGCCGUUUCUGGGGGCGCUGGAGCGGGGGAGUUUGGUGCUGCUGGAGCCCCUGGUGCAGCGCAGCAGCAUAAAGCGAAAAGUGGACCUGUCCCUUUUGCUGCGGGGAGCAGCAGAAGCAAAACUGAAGCUGCAGCUGCUGGGGACUCUUCGCCACUUGGCCGUCCCAGGCACAGCAUUUCCUUCCCUCAUUGCUGUCAGGCCCAAGCGAGAGGCAGUGGACUUCGUGCUGCGGGUGCUGCUCCUGUUCUGCCGCAUCGACAUUGCUGCUGCCCCCGGGGCCCGCAAAAACGAAGCUUUUCGCCUGGAUGUCAGCAUCACAGACUUCGUGUAUGUGGGGUCGCUGCUGGAGAAGCUGCAGCUGCAGCUGCAGCAGCUCGACGCGCUGCAGCAGCAGGCGCUGUGGGCGGUUGUGAAGUGCGCUGUGGAGCGCCGGCGAGUGGCCAAGUCCUUUGUCGACAGAUUUGCGUAA